AUGCCCUUGUGUCAUUUGGCCACCUGUUUGACCUCCUACACACCCUAAGAGACGUAAAGCUCCAGCACGAUGAGUGAGCGCUCUGGUGCAAGCACUCUAGCAGCCAUGACGCUGGAGGAGCCAGGGGCUGAACAGGCAUCUCCCCGAGCCCCAGGCCCUCUUCGCUGUGGCCCUUGUGCUGUGUGGCCUCGCCAGCAGACCUGGCUGUGUGCCGUGCCCCUGGUAAUGGGCUUUGUGGGACUGGGACUCAGUCUCAUGCUGCUGAAAUGGAUUGUGGUGGGAUCUGUCCAAGACUAUGUCCCCACUGAUCUGGUGGAUCCUAAAGGAAGCAUUGGGCAGGACCCUAUAUUCCUCUCCAAACCCAGUGCCAUGCCCAAGGGGCCUGACAUUUCCACCUCCACCACUACUUCAGCCGCCUCUACCACAGCAAUGGUGUCGACUACCACGCCGCUAGCUGCGGAUGGUACCGCCCCAGCGCCAAGAACUCGAUCAGGGCCACCAGCAAACCACUCAGCCAAUGGCAGCACUGCCAAUGGAGAUGGCAACCGCGCCCCACACCUUCACAAUCGUGUUGGCACCCGCAUUAGCGGCACUGUGGUUACCACCUCCACCACUCGCGCCACCCGACUCACUCCACCACCCAGUGGUAAGGAGGUCACCCCUCGCAGCACCGUUAGAAAAGGAAGCAGUGCUGGUAAUGGACAUAACGGAGCCGCCAACUCAAAGCCUGGACAGACAUCUGGUACCAUCACCACCACAGCAUCCACUUCAACCACUGCUACUGUGAAGACCACCGCCAAGGCACAGCCGACCACCUCCCAGCCGGCAGCCCCGGUCAAACCUACGUCACGCUGGAAUCACGGGCGCCCAGGCAAGGGCCCAGCCACACGCCCACAUCACCGUUUCCGAACGCCAGUGGCCCCCACACUUCCUAGUCUACGUUCAGAGGUCUUCAAGCCAUGUGUGGAAGACAAGGACCUGGCCUUUUGUCUAAAUGAAGGAGAGUGCUCCAUCAUUGAAACUGUGGCUGGCGUUCACAGACACUGCAGGUGUAAGGAAGGCUACCAUGGAUUACGCUGUGACCAGUUUGUACCCAAGACAGAUGCCAUCUUGUCAGACCCAACAGAUGAACUUGGGAUCGAGUUCAUGGAGAGCGGUGACACCUACCAGAGGCAGGUGCUGUCCAUCUUCAGCAUUGCCUCAGGGAUCUGUCUUCUUGGAGUGGCAUGUAUGGCUCUCUACCGCCGCAACAAGAGACAAAGGGAAAAACUCCAAGCUCAUUUCCCUGAUAGUCGCAGCCUGAGGGACUGCGGUGUCAACGCCUCUGGCCUCAUGUCAAAAUCUGUUCCCAGGCUUCAAUACAGCCUUCAACUCCAAAAGAGCUGCAGUUCUCAAGGAUCGUCUUUUAAGGGUGGCAGCGUGGCACCAGGAGCUUCAACGGUAGCCGCACCUAUUCUCAGCAGAGCGCUGUCUAAAGGGAAACGCUUCAGAAGUAGUUCCCUUUCACUUAGUCCUGCCCAACAACGGAGGGAGACUAGCUGUUUCAGGACUCCGCCCAUUUCCAGAGGGAAACACAAACUAUCAACAAAUCUCAUCGAUGGAUCCAGAGUGGCCGGACAUGUCUACAAACACUUGCAGGAGGAUGAGUCAACAGACAUGGAGUCCAUAAGAAGGUGUGAGUCUGCCAGCGGAAGGGUCGGCGCCCUCCUUAGCAGGACGUCACUCUCUCAUUUCGCAGCCAGAAAAGGAUGGACUGAGGUCCCCUGCACCCGCUUGGAUAAGGGAACAACCUUCCUUCCACCCUCCCUGCGCACCCGUUCUGUGCCCAUCAUCCCCUCACUCCAAGCAAGUGACCUCGAAGCCGGGCAUGCGGACAUGAAUGAGCGGAACCAAGGGGGGCUCCUCAAAUGGCACCCUGUGCUGGCUGGGAAGACAGCGAAGCCCAUUAGCAAUUCUCCCUCUCCACCUUCUGAGACUGUAGUGCUGGCGCCUGGUGUUAUGCCCAGCAGUGUUAGCCCUCCUGCCACCGCCACUGCUCCACUGGGGUCGGAGAAGAAUCCCAGCUCCACACAAACACCCUGCUCCAUUGAAAUUACAGUGGAACUCGCACAGGAAUUAAAACAGAAAAGCCUUUCCAGCUCCAUGAAAAUGUUUGAGUCUCACAGCGAGAUCCACCGCGGUGGCACACACACUCUCGAGACUGGGACUGUGCAGGAGUCAGAACGGAAAAGUGUCCAAUAUUCAGCCAGAGUUCUGCACACAGGCAGUGGGACCAGAGGUUUGAAGGCAGUAGGCCAAAGAGAAGCCCAGGGACAGUGCCAAGGUCAGACAUCCCUCAUGCACGGAGGCGCAAACUGCUCCUUGGCCACCAAAGGAUCCAGCUGCAGAGGAACUGGAAACGCUUAUGCCAAGCCCUCUGCAAGCUGAUUGGAUUAACUCUGUAAAGCUUCAAAGACACUGUUACCAAUAACUGUAUACCUUUGCUGGUGGCACAGGAUGGUUGGCAGGUGGGACCAUCUGGGUGGCCACAUGGACCAAUAACAGAUGGCCGUCGAUUUUG